UUACACCUUCGUAAAAUGGGCUAGCGAUAUGUGAAUUAAGGGAGGAAUCAAUAGAGGCAACGACUUUAUGCUACGACGACCGAACUUGAAGAAAGUUGAGAAGAUCAAAACCAGUUGGCGUGACAAAGAAAAACCAAAAAUGAAUCCUCAAAUCUGGCACAAAGUUGCUGCUAUUUCUGGUGUAGCUGCUCUUGGGUUAGGAACUUAUGGAGCUCAUGUCUUCAAGCCCAAAAAUCCCACUUACAAAGAGGUGUGGAAUACUGCAUCACUGUACCAUUUGGUUCACACUGCUGCCCUUGUUUCUGCUCCUAUCACUAAACAUCCAAACAUUUUUGGAGGACUGCUAACUGGUGGAAUUAUCGCAUGUGAGACAGUGAGAUUGAGUACUCUGAGAGUGUGAGCUUAUGAACGAGAUGCGUUGCAUUUGACAUGCGUACUUGUGAUACAUGCAUAGAGAUGUUGGCCAUUGAUGUUGUGUUCGUUGAGAGCUGGAUCUAAAGAUGUACCUGCGUUCCAGUUGUAGCUGCCUCUUGUUCGCGGUAGCCUUAGAACUAUAAAACUCUGUUU